CAUGGAACAUGAAUUAUUUUCCAACAGGUCUGAUGAAGUUUUUGAGGACAAACAUUUCUGUAAUCAAUCAGAAAAUGUAUCUGCUCCACACUCCUACAAACUACCUCAUCCUGUCUCUCGCAGUAGCUGACCUGCUUGUUGGGGUUGUUGUUUUGCCUUUUACCACAGUACUGGCUGUGAGCUCUUGUUGGUAUCUUGAAGAUUUACUCUGUAAGAUACGAGGCAGCUUUGAUAUCUUUCUGUGCACAUCUUCUAUUUUGAAUUUGUGUUCUAUUUCUGUUGACAGAUAUUAUGCAGUGUGUCAGCCUCUGAGGUACAGAACUAAAAUAAAUGUCCGUGUUAUUGUGAUCAUGAUCCUGGUGAGCUGGACUGUUUCUGCUAUAAAUGGAAUUACCAUCACAAUUUUGGGAGUGAACCAAGGACAAUCUAAUAGGAAGUGUGUAUUUCACAUUACAAUAAGUUUAGCAAUUAUGGGAAUGGUUUCAGGGUUUUAUCUCCCAGCUAUCACAAUGUUCAGUAUCUACUUAAAGAUUCUGAUGGUGGCACAGAGACAGGCACACAGCAUCCAGAACACAACCUGUCUGAGCACAAAAUCUGAAAUUAAGAUGGAGAGAAAGGCCACCAAAACUCUGGCUAUUGUAAUGGGAGUUUUUCUCAUCUGUUGGACUCCUUUCUUUCUUUGUAUGACCUUUAACCCUUUGAGUAAUUACACAAUACCUGUUCCUAUGAUUGCAGCAUUUAGGUGGCUUGGGUGGUCAAAUUCAAUGCUCAAUCCAUUUAUUUAUGCUUUCUUCUACAGCUGGUUUCGAUCAGCUUUCAGAAUGAUCAUUUCCAGGAAAAUAUUUAAAGGUGAUUUCACUCAUUCUAAGCUCUUUUGACUCAUUUGAGAGCAAAUGUCAGUAAUAUCUAGGGGUGGAAGGAUUCACAAAAAUUCACAGUUUGGUUCAUAUUUCUGUUUUGGGGUCACACACACUGUCUUUUUCAUGUUUUACAUUUAUUUAUUUGGCUUAAAAUGUUGUUUGCAUAGCCAGAAUUCUAACUAGUAACAUACAGAACAUUCUCAUGUCCUUAUUAAAAUAAUAGGUUGUUUAAUUAGUGCAAACAAAAAUACUGCUUUAGUUUAACAUAAAAACUGCAACAUUAUCAAUCACAUGCUGAACUUAUAUUUAUCUAUUGAAACUAUUUGGAAGAAUAGGCUACAUUACCCUUUUUCUAGUACAUUAAUUUCUUUUUUACUUUACUUACUUACUUAAUUUACUACAGAACUCUCAAACUGCUUUAAUCUGCUUAUCUUGCUCCCUUCACUACUCUUUUCCACACAUCCACACACCUAUGAUCUGUUCAUUAUGAAACUGAGGCGGCAUAAAUCAGACCGUAGCGGCCCGCCAUUGUCUAUGAUUGAUGGGAAACACUGUCCCUUGUUUCUUUUCUUAAAAUGCCUUUUUGACCUUAUAGCCUGUUUUAAAGGAACUGAACAAUACAUACAUGCCCCGAACCUUGACUAGCAAACCAAAUGAUAGGGAUGAUUUUCUUGAACCAUUCCACUCCUAGUCAUAUCAUCAUCAGUUUGGCAUUUAAGAUUUACAUCUCUUUUCCACUGCAUGUCAUAUAUAUAGGCCCUCAUAGAAAUUGUCACUGUACUAUGCAUAAAGUAUCUGUAUGUACAACUCAGUGCACAGACAGGAAUACAUAUUCAACAGUACAUAUGGUAAUCUCAAUAUAAAAGUAUAAAGUAUAAUAUCACUUUGUUUGCCGGAUUUACUGUAUAUAUUCAGUUUUAGAUGGUGCAUCUAUACUCCUCAGCCACUUCGCUCCUAAAAUCUCUACCUUGGGUAUGGUAAUGCAUGUACAUAUUUAUAUGUAUAUAUGCAUAUAUAUAGACAUAUAUGUUUUUUUUAUUAGUUGUUUGUAAAGCACUUUGUAAUGCUGUGUUAAAAAGUGCUAUAUAAAUAAAGCUUUACUUACUUACUUAAACUGA